UUCGCCUAGACCACAGUGUUUUCAGUUAAAAGAAACAGUGAAUCUGAUGUACUCGGAUAUGCUUGGGGAAAUUAAUGACAGAGGGCGUGAAAACCAAUUUUAUAAGUCUUUCAAAUCUUGUAUAAUCUGUGAUGCCACUUUCAUCUUUUUCGUUACGCGCAAUUAACAAAAGGAAAGAAAUAACAAAAUAAUUUGGUUUUAUUUUUUGCUUGCCUUUAAAAUAUUUUUGAUUCAUAUAUCUAAUAAUAAAAUAUUCAUCGAGUGUUUUUUCUUUAAAUUAGUCCAUUUUAAAAUCUUAAUUUGCAUAAAUUUUAGGAUACAAUUUAGAUAAAUAUGAAAGGAACGGAACGUUAUUGACAGACCCGCCAUAACGUUUUUAUUUCAAUACUUUACUUUCUUGUUAUCCUCGAUGCUUGAAAGUGCUCUGAAACGAUUCUCUUGUGAUUUUAUACGCCUGUGCUUGCCCUGGACCCCGAUAAAUCUGUUUUUAUGUGAAUAGUAUGGUGUACUCAACGGACUCUGAUUUGCUGCUUGGAUUGGUUAUUUGUGACAAUGGUUCGAAACAGUGCGAUGUGUUGUGUACCUAAUUGCGGUAAAACGCGAUUAGAUAAUGUGAUUCUUCACAAAUUUCCCUGUCCAAUUAAUGAGGCUGACCGGUUUCGUACUUGGAUUUACUCUGUUAGUGGAGAUGUGUUAUCUUUGGAUAAUCAAUUUAUUCAUAAGUACCGAAAAGUGUGUCAUGUUCACUUUGAGGAAAAAUUUAUUAAUCGAAGCGGAAGACUCAGCGCUAUUGCAGUUCCAACACUACAUUUAAAAGGAAUGGCUACGCAAACCGCAUCGGUGCAAAUUGCAAGCAAUUUCCAACAACCGUUGCAAGAUGAUCAUGUACCCCGAGCCCCAUUGAUGAACAUCACGAAUCAGUACAAUGCAGGUGGUGACGACACUUCUCGGCCCUCAACUUCAGGGAUGGCUACGCCAACCGCAUCGCUGAAAAUUGCAAGCAAUUUACAAGAACCAUUGCACGAUGUACCCCGAGCCCCAUUGAUCAACAUCACAAAUGCGGCUGCUCACGACGCUUCUCGGCCCACAAUUUCAGAUCAUACGCCACCCUACACGCCACAAUUUUGCUCUGAAGCUAGUAGUUUAGCCAAACAUAUAAAAAAACUUACCGAGACGAAGGACAAAUAUGCCGUCAGACUAAAAAAAGCUAUGUCUCUCUCAACCAACACGGCUUUUCAGAAAGCCAUCGGUAAAUUUACCACAAUGGCAUUGCUAUUUGUCAUGAUGCAAUUUAGGGAGAUAAAUAAAAAGAAAAUGGGAAGGAGAUUCACAAAGCAAGAAAAAAUAAUGGCAUUAUCUCUUUAUAAGCAAGGACCUAAGGCGUAUAGAUGGCUGAGGCACAUUUUUGUACUACCAUCGCCUCUCACAUUAUCAAGGAUGAUAUCCGCUGCAGCCUUAAAAGCCGGUAUAAAUGAUAACAUUUUCGAAAAUCUUAAAAAAAAGGCCAGAAAAAUGUCGAUAUCUGAAAGGCUGUGUAUUUUAUUCUUCGACGAGAUGGCAAUUAAACCUCAUUUUGAAUACAAUUCAAAAAAAGACAUGAUCAUCGGAUUCGUUGACAACGGAAAAAGGAGGGUCAAAAAAAUCGCUGACCACGCGCUAGUUUUUAUGAUAAGAGGCAUCACAAAAACUUAUAAACAGCCCAUUAGUUACAGCUUUUGUUGUGGAGCCACCGAGAAACACGAAUUAGCGCAGGCCAUAAAAGACCACAUAUGCCCUGACCAACCAAAUCAUCGACUUAUCUUGUAG